ACUCAAGAUGGCGGCCGUCGCUAAGCGGCGCCCUCAGACAAAAUGGCGGCCAGCGAGAAGCGGCGCUCGGCGGCGGCGGCCGGCGGGAGCGACCCGGCCCGGCCGUCCCUUCCCUCGAACGGCGCCCCGUCGGAGAGCGAGGCGGAGUUCCUCCUGCAGGCGGGCGUGAGCGACAUGGUCCGCGAGGCCCUCCUGAAGGUGCUGGAGGCGCGGCCUGACGAGCCCGUCGGCUUCCUGGCCGGCUACUUCGAGAGGCUGGCGCAGGGCGGCCCUGAGGAGGCCGAGGCGGGAGAGGCCUUGUCGGCGGCCGACGGCGGCGGGGAGCCCCGGGGGCUGCUGCGGGGGCGCCUCGGACGGGCCUUGUGGUACCUGAGCCUGGCUCACCACUCCCACAGGAUGGCCUUUAACAACAACGUCAGUGUGGCCUACGAUUCCUUGUCCGCCGCCGGCAGGCGCAAGAAGCCUGGAGUCAGUGGGAAGCUCUACAGCGAGCUGCUGAGACUGAUGUGCCAAGACAAGGGCACGCCAGAAGACAUCGCUCUGCCCCUGCUGAGCAAGGUCGCCUGCCGAGACCACGAGGCGGUGCCCUUUGACAUCUUCCGCUACGGCGUCCUCACCUGCCUGGUCCUCCUCGAAUUCCUGGCCAAGGCGGACUUGCUUUUCAACGCACUGUGCGGCGGCUCGGGGGUGGCGGACAAACGAGUCUGUGCGGCGGUCCUGGGGACCCUGGAAGACGCCCUUUGCCCCGCCGAAGUCGCAGCCCCCAUCCGCUUCCUGGAGGCCGGGUCCAAGCUUGGGCCGGAUUGCUUGGCUUCGGCCAUGGACAAAGCCCUGGGUGAGCGGAAGCCAAGCGUGGCCAUGGAGAAAGAGGAGUUCCUCCAGAGAGCCUCGUCCAUCUUCGUGGCGAGAGUGAAACCCGUCGAAUGAGCUCUGAAGUGGGGCAGGUGGGUUUGUGUGUGUGUGCUUCGUCUGGUUCCCUGAUCACCAACCUGGCUGUUCAUCUAGGAUGGAGAAACAAUGCCGACUUCUUGUUUUGGGCCGGCGAUGGAGAGAGAUCGAAACGGAGCAACAAUUUACCGACUUUGCUUUCUGAGGUUCAGUAGAGCUGCAUGACUGAUGUCCGAAACUGCUGCUCUUUCUUGAGUAAAUCUCAUGUCAAACACUGGAUAGGCUUGAAGGAUGAUGGAGAUAUUUAAAUUGGGUUAUUUAUAUUGCAAA